AUGGAAUAUGAAGAUGCUUCAGUGUUGUCGGUGUCUUCAGUGGUUUCAUGAGGCUUGUACACAGUGUCUGAGCAAACCUCUUUUGUACGGAGACAGGUUUUACGUUUUUGAGUGCUCAGUUUGUACACGAGGUCCAGAAAACGCCUGGAGACUUCCCUUGGAAUGGGUGGACGUUUCACACCUUGUUCUAUAUCACCUCAGUAUUUGUUGUAAGAAGAAAUAUUUUGAUUUUGAGCGGGAGAUCCUGUCCUUUGUAAACGAAAACUGGGAGAGUCUGUUAUUAGGAGAUCUCACAGAUACUCCUCGAACAGAGCGGUACUCCAAUCUGCUUCAUGCUUUGACAGCUCAGAAAGACAGG